GCGAAGAUAGACUUCAGCAACUACUCAGAUAUGUCGCUUACAGCGGUCAAUAGCCCGAAACGUAUCGAAAUCUGCGAGUAACAGUGUCGUUCUACUUGACCUACUCAACGUCUCUAUCGAAAACACAGCUCAGAUCAGUCCACAUGCGAACGCAUGCGAACGGACGACCCUUCCUCCCGAUUCCACACAUCUUCUCCGGAGUCCAAGCAAUCGCACGAGAUACCUUGCCGACCCAUGGAUCUCAACGGGUCAAAGUUGAGCUCUGAGAGUCAGGGCGACGGAAAUGUCAAGCUGUCCCACUGCAACAUCAAGGGAUCCUCGCGCGUGUUCGGGAAUGCCAACCUCCAACAUACAACGCUAUCCGGGAACGCCCGUGUCAGCGACUCGGCCGAUCUGUCACACUGCAAGGUAUGCAACAAUGCCACUGUGCUGGGUGACGCCUUCCUGAGGCACUGUACUGUUGGACAACAUGCCGUGGUGGAAGGUGCAGCCAAGCUGAGCCACUGCAAAUUGGGUCAACAGAGCAAGGUCAGAGGCAAGGCAGAUGUGAAUCAUGCCAUUUUUGGGGGUUUCGACCAUCGUGGAAGGAGAAGCGAGAGUCAGCGGAUCGAAUUAUCCAGGGUGACUCUCUCAUCACGGGGGCCUCCAUCGUCAAUGGCAGCAAUAUCAUCGACUCUGUAAUCUGCCAUGGAGCCGAGGUCCCUUAUUCGAGCCUGAGGAAACAGUGGAUCUGUGGAAAGUCAUCCUUAUCGCCAGCUUCGACAGCAGGGUUUAUCGGCAAGAACGACCAUCGGUCCGUGGCGCUCUUUGCAGCGGUGCCAACUUAAGUCGGCUGCCUUCUCAGUGGAUUCAAUGCCUUCUCAGUGGAUUCAAUCUCUGCUCUUUGGAUCCGCCUGCACGACGACGUCAGGAACAAUGAUGCUGUCUCGCUCGCAUCGCAUGAUGCAUCAUGUUCGGUUUGCCAAGCAUGUAUUUGUCAGGAUGAUCUCGUUCCAACCGGCCUUCCCGGGCAAGGUUUACAAAUCAUUGUGGCCCCGAAGACUACAAGAAUGCUUGCGUUCUG